AUGACUGAUACUAAAGGAUCAAUGGUGGCUCCAUUAUCUAAAUAUAAAUUAGUAUUCCUCGGAGAUUAGUCUGUCGGGAAAACUUCGAUAAUCAAUCGUUUUAUGUUUGACACAUUUGAUGGCAAAGAUCAUCCUACAGUCGGCAUUGAUUUUAUUUCCAAGACCCUCUACUAUGAGGAUAGAACCAUUCGACUUUAAUUGUGGGAUACUGCAGGUUAAGAGAGAUUCAGAUCCCUAAUUCCAAGCUAUAUUAGAGAUAGUGCGGUCGCUGUAGUUUGUUAUGAUGUUGAGGUGAAAUAAUCAUUUGAUAGUGUUGCAAAAUGGAUUGAAGAUGUGCGUCUAGAAAGAGGCAAUGAUGUAAUAAUCUUUUUAGUGGCCAAUAAAAUUGAUCUUGAAAAUAGAGUUGUAUCCACAGAGUAAGGUGCUGCUUUAGCUAAGGAACAAGAUGCCCAUUUUAUUGAAGUUAGUGCAAAAUCUGGAAGCAAUGUUGAGUUACUGUUUAAAUAAAUAGCAGCCACACUUCCAGGUACUGAAACAUCCUAAAUGGUUAAUUCUGUCGUUAACCAAGCUAAUUAACCAAGCAAUAUAAAAAUAGAUAAUACCUAAGGCUAAGAUUAGGAAAAGAAUGAUAGAAAGUCAUGUUGUUGA